AUAAUCGUGAUAAUAAUUGUUCAAGAUGAUUGCCGUUGUGGAAGUUAACGCGCCCGAAAACUGCGUCUUUCCUUAAAUACGCCCUUAAACGCGGGUACGUUUUUCGCGCCAAAAUUGAUGCGUAUUCGCGCUCGCGCACGAAAAUCGAUAGAGGAUCAGCGGAUAAAGAUACGAUAUUUCCAUUACGUACUCGUAAAAUUAUCUCGAUUAUUAAUCGGGAUCGGUGGGUGUCUCCUACCUGAAAUAUUCGUACUUUGCGAUUGGACGUGAAACGGAUUUAGACGUUGCAUUGACAUCCGCCGUGAGGAUGCUCGUUUCGGGAACUCUAACCUAAUCUGCGUCUCUUUAAUGUCAAUUGAUGCCGAUGCAAGUAUGGCGGAUUUCAGCGAUACGAAUUCGCACGAAAUGACAGAGAAUCAUGUUGGCAAGCGGUGCAAUAAUCAGUGGGUGCGGUUGAACGUUGGCGGGACGUAUUUUUUAACGGCCAAGACCACUCUGGCGAGAGAUCCCAACUCGUUUCUCUAUCGACUCUGUCAGGAAGACUCGGACCUUAUUUCGGACAGGGACGAAACGGGAGCGUAUCUGAUAGACCGCGACCCCACAUACUUCAGUCCAGUGUUAAAUUAUCUACGUCACGGCAAAUUGGUCAUAAAUAAGGAUUUAACGGAAGAAGGUGUAUUGGAGGAAGCAGAGUUUUAUAACAUCACCGAGCUCAUUCGGUUAGUCAAAGAAAGAAUCAUAUUGAGGGACACUAGACCGCAGAGGGAUUCCAAAAAGCAUGUUUAUAGAGUUCUUCAAUGUCACGAGGAUGAAUUAACGCAAAUGGUGUCCACAAUGUCGGACGGAUGGAGAUUCGAACAGUUAAUCAACAUAGGUUCUCAAUAUAACUAUGGUAAUGACGAUCACGCUGAAUUUCUGUGUGUUGUAAGCCGAGAAUAUGGAGCUAGUCAGCUCAGCAGUAAGGAAGAGGAGUCCACGGAUCGAGUCAAGGUACCGCUAUCCUAUUCAACUGUUUCCCAUUCUUAUUUGAGCCAAAGUAGUCAUGGCUAAUACGACUAUUUUAUGUUUCUGUUAUAUUCUAAAUUAGUAUAUAGUGGUAAUCAUAGGUUUAUUAAUCGAGAUUCAAUUUACAUUCUUACUAAAUAUCUUUACUGUUUAAAUGAAAAUUAUGUAUCUGUGUCGGUAUAGUUAUACCUUCCAUGUUGGCUUGCAUGAGAUAUUUGUUGAAGCAAUAAAUAUCUAAUUAUUUCUUCAGCUGGAAACAAGUGUUUUCCUGCCUGGAAGAAAGAAUUGGGUUACAAUGAAAUUUCCGAAUUACUUCAUUAUCAUAAGAGUGGAAGAAAAUUAUCCAGAGAUCUAUUUUUGCAAUUCAACAUUGAUUUUCUUAAUUUCUAACAUUAUCGUGAAAUCAAAUAACAUACAUCUUUUACCAAUUUUGACAAAUAAAAUAAAACAGUAUUAUUUUUUAUAUUAACAAUUUGCCUAAACAGACUGACAUACACACAGUUGCGGGUUGGGUAGAAAACCAAAGAUAAGCUUUAUCACUACAUGUAUGAAAAAUAAGAUAUAUACAUUUACAUUAAGAGAUAAAAUUUUACUUUACAUCUUAUCAAUCACGCUUGGUUCAGCAAUACAUUUCUAUAUAUAUAUCCACAUAUUUCUGCAAUACUUUUGACAGUUGCUUAAAAUUAUUUUGCUUAUAUGAAAAAAGAAAAGAAUUUUUUUGCAGAUAUGAUAUAUUUUUAACGACAGAUUUUUCUAUUAGGUGGCUUAAUUUCUUCUGCAAGUAAAAUUUCAGAACAAAGAUCCAUCUAAUGAUCAAAUUUUGUUUUGUCUUUUAUGUUUUGUAUAUAUGUUUCUAUACAUAUCUAGUGCUUUAUACACACAUAUAUAUAUACACAUUUUUAAAGUCAUAUUAACUGAAAAAAAUCACCUAAUAGUCUAUGAAACUCAGAGGUCUCUUCGCAUGUUGAGCAUGUUCUGCCUCUGAUAUUUGUUGUAUGUACCAUAUUAUUAUUAUUAUUAUUAUUAUUAUUAUUAUUAGUAUUAUUAUUAUUAUGUACCGCAUGCCGUUCGUUAAAUAAAGAAUUUUUUCUUUCA